AUGAGCGGCGCGGGCGAGCCCGAGCAGCUGGAGGGGUCGUACGACGUGCACGGGGCGGCGGUGAGCGAGGCGGCGCCGGACAGCGCGCAGCACGACGCGCUCGUGCUGCUGACGCUGCCCGGCGCCGCGCCGCCGCCGCUGCUCGCCCAGGUCGUGGCCGCCGCGGUCGAGCUGGACAACGCGCUGCUGACGGAGGUGUCAUUAAUAAAGUGCGAUUUAGUGGCGGGCAAUCGCUUGAUAAUCUCACCAACUGGUCCGCUAACACCAUACGAUGACGUGAGGAGCGUGUACGAGGCGGUGCGCGCGGGCAUGCGGCGCGCGGUGGCGGCGGGCGCGCGGCGGCCGGUGCUGGCGCUGCAGGCGCUGCGGCCGCGCGACCUUGGCCUCGAAGUGGACGACGACUGGUCGCGCAGCGAGCUCGUCGCGCUGCUCGCCGCGCUAGAAGCACUCUACAUCCCGCUGGAGGUGCGCGAGUCGUACCCAGAGCGGCUACCGCGGCUGACAGCGCUAGGCGUGUGGGCGCCCGCGCUGCCCGCAGCGCUGCAGCCGCUGCUGCGCACCGCCGUCGCGCUCGAGCGCGCCAGGGCUCUGGCGCGUGACAUAGGCGGCGCGGACCCGGAGCGCAUGUCGCCGCCCAACGUGGCCAAGUACGUGCGCGACGCGUUCGCGGACAGCUGCGUGCGCGUGCGCGUGCUGGACGAGCCGGACGAGCUGCGGCGCCGCUACCCGCUGCUGGCCGCCGUCGCGCGCGCCGCGCACGCCGUGCCGCGCCACCGCGGUUGUGUAAUAUUUCUGGAUUACGAGCCUGAAUCUUACGACAAGACAGUGAUGCUGGUUGGAAAGGGCGUAACCUACGACACGGGCGGCUGCGACGUGAAGACGGGCGGCGCCAUGGCCGGCAUGUCGCGCGACAAGUGCGGCGCCGCUGCCAUCGCCGGCUUCCUCAAGGCAUGUGAGCUGCUACAACCGCGUGUGCGCGUGCGCGCGGCGCUGGGCGUGGUGCGCAACUCGGUGGGCGCGGACGCGUACGUGGCGGACGAGCUGCUGCGCUCGCGCACCGGCCUGCCCGUGCGCGUCGGCAACACCGACGCCGAGGGACGCCUCGUCAUGGCGGACCUGCUCGCCGAGAUGGCGGAGGCGGCGGCGGCGCUGGUGGCGGCGGGCGCGCGCACGCACGUGCUGACGGUGGCCACGCUGACCGGGCACGCGGCGCGCGCGGCCGGCGCCGGCUACGGCCUGGCGCUCGACAACGCGCCCGCGCGCCGCCUCGCCGCCGCGCGCGCGCUGCAGGCGGCCGGCGCCGCGCUGGCCGAGCCGCUCGAGCUGUCGCGGCUGCGGCGCGAGGACUUCGCCGCGCACCGCGGCCAGGCGCCCGGCGACGCGCUGCUGCAGGCGGUGCCGCUGCCGUCGACACAAGUGGAUCGCGGGCACCAGACGCCGGCUGCGUUCCUGGCCAUGGUGAGCGGGCUGGCGGGCUUGGGGGCGUGCGGUGGGGCGGGCGGCGCAGCAAACGUGCCGUACACGCACGUGGACGUGGCGGCGUCGGCCGGCUGCGCGCCCGCGCCGCCCACCGCCGCGCCGCUGCUGGCGCUGGCCGCCUACUGCGGCCUGCUCGACCGCUGCUGA